CAAGAUAAUACUCAACAAUCUAAUUCAUAUCCGUGUUCCGCAAUAUAGUAAUUCAUGCGCAAAUUUACUUUUGUAAUUUUUAUCCACUUUUCAUUGGUAAGAGAUGUGAAAUGAUGUUUGUUGGCUUUAUUUAAAGAAAACCGAGGUGUAAGACAGGGUUCGGUAUUAUCCCCGUUAUUGUUUUGGAUGUGUAGGGUAAUGUGACAAAAUCACAGAAUGUCGUUCUGUUUAAGAAAUGGGGGUAGCGACAGCCAAGAGGAUUAUUAUAUGAACAGGGACACGGACAGGGUGCUUCGAUGCCUAGAGACGGGGUUUGUAGCUACCAUCAUCAGCCCCAAACGGAAGCCCGAAAAUUUAACAUUAAGAGUAAUUAUGGAAACGAAGGAAUUGAUCUGCGUAAGGGUGCAAGGAGCUAGACCUGAAAUGACAAUUAAUUUAAAACAAGUAAAGGAUAUACGGACAGGAAAGAAAAGUAGUGAUUUUGAUAAAUGCUUGGAGGAAAGUCACAAAAUAGAUGGGAAAUUCUGUCUUGUUUUAUUAUAUGGUGCAGAAUUCAACUUGAAAACUCUUUCACUUCUUGUGAAAGAUGAAAACAACUUUAAAAUUUUACACCAAGGUUUACAUAAAUUAUGUUUUGCUGUAUCCGGAAAUAAUUAUUUAGAACAGAAAGAUACAUGGAUAUGGAAACAAUUUCAUAGUGUUUUACCACCAGAUGCAUAUGCUUCUUAUUGUGCUGGUUUAACAGAUUCAGUCAGUGUGACUUUAAAUGAAAUUCGAGCCUGGUUUGUAAGAACUAAUAUAUCUUCAAAAGAAUUAAAACAGUUCUGUAAGAAAUUGAAACUCCGUGACAGAUUAUCUUUCAAUGAGUUUUGUUUAUUAUUUAAUGAAUUUCUCCAUCCAUCUAGAGUUAUUGGUCUUAAUUUCUCAUCCUAUGUCACCUCAAAAACUAAAGCUAAGGAUGAGGAAAAAAGGAUCGAAUUUGAGAAGUUUCGAGAGUUUAUGAACAAUGAACAAAAGACUGAAUUCAAUCCAGAGGAAGCGAGAAAGCUGAUGAAGGAUUUUUUAAAUGACCCUCUUCGUUCUAUUAGUGAUCUUCAUUUUACAGAAAAAGAGUUUGUAGAUUACUUAUUUAGUGAAGACAAUGAUAUCUACACUACUACUGAAAUAACAGAUGACAUGCAUCAACCAUUAUGUGCUUAUUGGAUAGCUUCUUCCCAUAAUACCUAUGUUACUGGUAAUCAGAUCUCUAGUGAAUCCUCAGUAGAACCCUAUGCUAGAUGUUUACGAAUGGGCUGUCGAUGUGUGGAAUUGGAUUGUUAUGAUGGCCCUGAUGGUACACCAAUGAUUUAUCAUGGGAAAACUUUAACUACUAAAGUUAAACUAGUGGAUGUUUUACAUGUUAUAAAAGAAAAUGCUUUCUAUUCGUCAGAGUAUCCUGUGAUAUUAUCAUUAGAAAAUCAUUGCACCUUAGCUCAACAAAGAAUUAUGGCAAAAAUGUUACGUGACACAUUUGGAGACACUUUAUUAACUGAACUCAUACCCAAUACUAGAGAUGAACUUCCAACUCCUCACCAACUGAAAAAUAAAAUUUUAAUAAAGGAUAAAAAACUGUCUAAAGCGGAAAUAACACGAAAAGUAGAGGCAUGUAAGGUGAUAAAUUUGAGUUUAAAAUUUUAG